CGGAAAGUAAAGUUGACGUAGUUGUUAUUGGCGCGGGGAUUUCCGGCCUUGUCACUGCUAAAUGCCUCCUGGAUGAUGGGUUCCAAGUGACAGUUAUAGAGGGAACAGGAGAUAUUGGUGGACUAUGGACUUUCAGAGAAAAUAACUAUGGUGUUAUGCGAUUUACUCACAUGUGAUCCUAACUUCAGUAUCCCAAGAUUAUACAUAAAUGUAUCCAAGUACAAUUACUGCUUUUCCGAUUUUCCUUUCCCUGAUGAUGUGCCUGAUUAUCCUCAUAACAAAGACAUGGCUCAAUACAUAAAGGACUAUGCCACCAAUUUUGGACUGGAGAAAUAUAUAAAGUUCUUCACCAAAGUGACAAAAUUAGAAAGAACAGAUAAUGGUAAAUGGACUGUGGUGUGUCGGAGAGUAGAGGAAGGAGAACAGGGUGAAGUCAAUAGUCUGGACUCUAGUGAAGAAAUCAUCAGUGCAAGAUACGUAGCCAUAGCCUCAGGACACCAUGCUACUCCUGUGAUGCCAACAUUCCGUGGCCAAGAGACUUUCACAGGAGACAUUCUUCACAGUGUGAAGUUCAAGGAUGCGCUCACUAAUGGAUUGGUGGGUAAGAGGGUGUUGAUCGUCGGUAUUGGUAACAGUGCCGUGGAUGCAGCUGUGAACUGUGCCUCUGUAGGAAGAUGCAAAUCAGUGCAUGUGAGCACAAGAUCGGGAGCCUGGAUUGUUCCUAAUUACGUGUUUGGCCACCCAACAGACCUAUAUGCCUGCAGAGCCUUUUUCAAGAUACCAUGGCAAAUGGCUUCAGCUCUCUUUGAAAACAUUAUAACUUUAAUUUCUGGAAAUCCAAGAAGAUGGAAUCUGAACCCCAAAAUGAAGCUUCUACAAACUCAACUGACUGUCAGUCCAUGUUUGAUCCAUCAUAUUCAACGCCAUGAUAUAAAAAUUGUACCAAAUGUCCUGAAUAUAGAGGGGUCAAAGGUCACAUUUGUGAAUGGUGAGUCAGCUGAAUUUGAUGCUAUAGUGAUGUGUACUGGAUACAAGAUUGAUUUGCCAUUCCUGAGUGAGGAACUGAAGAAGACAAUCUUAAAUGAAGAAACAAAUUCUAUAAAUCUUUACAAGAAUGUCUUCAACCCUGAUAUAGGACACACAUUAGCAUUCAUUGGGUUUGUUCAGCCUGCCUCAGGGGGACUGUUGCCCAUGUCUGAAAUCCAGGGCAGGUGGUUCACAGAAAUAUGCAGGGGGCGCUGCAGUCUGCCAACAAAGUCAGCAAUGAAAGACAACAUUCAGGAAGAGAAGGAGGAGAUGAAAUCCAGAUACUAUCAUUCCAACCGUCACACAAUCCAGAGAGACCCAAUCCUCUACAAUGAUGAAAUAUCUGCCAUGUUUGGUGCCAAACCAGAGCUGUUAAAGAAUCCGUCAAUAGCUUGGAGAUUACUGCUUGGGUCCUGUGGUACUUACCAGUAUCGACUCCAGGGACCCAAUGCUUGGAGCGGUGCCAAGACAGCAGUGAUGAAAGUUCCUGUCCCAGAGAUGUACCAGUACACGGGAAUUGCUGUGGUGGUAUUUCUGGCAAUAUGGCUGCUAUACAUUUUUUCUUUUGUGUUCUGACUUUUUAACACAAACUUUAAUUGUUUACAAAACUUGUGACUUCAUUGCCUGAUUGUGAUAUAACAAUGUGCAAUUGGCAGUAUUAAAAAAAAAACAAUUGCGAUAAUUUUAUGUAAAAACAUGUAUACAAUUAAUUUUGUGCUUUGUUGGUUAAAAGUUUCUUUGAUCCCCAUUUUGCAAUUGUCAGUGUAUUGGAUUUUACCACAGACCCAUAAUCAAUGGUCUGGAUGGUUCAUUAACCCCUCCCCCCUUCUAGAAUUACUAAAGCAAAACAAAAAUAGAAUGCAAACUUGAACCCUUUAAUUCUCAUCACAUUUUGGGAUGUGUUUUUGUUUUUUACCCUUUAUGUCUUUCAGUUCAUUUUCAGUAUUUAAAAAACACCACACAAUCCAGAGAUUUAUUCAACAUCUGAGUAAUCCUGAGUAUUUACUGACCUUUCUGAAAAGUACUGUCAUCGGGUCUAACUCUAGACUCUUGACUGGUUUUAAGACAUCCAAAUGCAGCUUAAAUUUAUAAUUCCUGUUAUAAAUUCUAGUCAAUUCUAUUUUUGUAAAGUUACAUGUAUGUUCUGUAAUUUAAAAAAUGCUUGAAAAUAAAUAUUAUUUAAAUUGUC